AUGGCUCCUUUCUUCGGUCUACUGCUCUUUGCCGGCCUGGUAAAUGCAGCUCUCAGAUCUAACUGUCCUCAUUACACCGACUACGCGGCAACCCCCCACGAACCUUUUUCUGAAGGUGUUCACCAGCUCUCGUACCAGCGCCCGCCACUAGAAUGCCGCACCGCCAGCUUCCCGGAGGUCGAAAAGACCAUUACUGAGAUGAAGGCUCUAAUCAAAGACCCCGAUCUCUCCCGCCUCUUCGAGAACACCUUCCCCAACACCCUCGAUACUACCAUCGCCUGGCAAGGCCAUGCCAACUCGGACUCGGACGAAGAACUCAGUUUCGUUAUCACGGGCGACAUUAACGCCAUGUGGCUCCGUGACUCCAGCAACCAACUUCAAAGCUACCGCAGCCUCCUGACCCGCAACUCAUCUGCAAACUCCCUUGCCUCGCUCUACCGCGGCCUUAUCAACCUUCAGGCUCGCUACGUCCGCUUCGCCCCGCACUGCAACGCCUUCCAGCCGCCCGAGGAGUCAGAAAUCCAGCCCACGCCCAACGAGGCCGGCGGCAGCGAUCACAUCUUCCCCGCCUAUCCAACUUACUCCUUCUUCGAGUGUAAGUACGAGCUUGACAGUCUCGCCGCCUUCCUGCAGGUCUCGCACGACUACCACGUCGCCACUGCCGACAAGGAUUUCUUCGCACGGCACCAGUGGUCAAAGGCCAUCGCCGUGCUGCUCAACACCACUGACGCUCUGAUGAUGGGGACCUACGCCGCAGACGGCACACUUAAUCCUUCCCCCGCGCUGUUCGAGCGUCGGACGACGUCGGCCUCUGAAACACUCUCUAAUAAGGGCAAUGGCGCCCCGACGCAAGGCGGCACCGGCAUGAUCCGCAGCUUCUUUCGCCCCAGUGAUGACAGCUGCAUCUACCAGCUCUUUGUGCCGGCCAACAUGAUGUUCUCGCGCUAUCUCAACUCGUGUGCUGAGAUCAUGGACGGAAUCGAUCAGGAUCUUGCCGAGAGGAUGCGGGACUCUGCGGCCCGUGUCCAAGACGGCAUUGAGGCGUACGGAAAAACAGACCACCCUAAGUUCGGCAAGAUAUAUUCAUACGAGGUUGACGGGUUUGGAAGUCAUAAUGUCAUGGACGAUGCCAAUAUUCCUUCUCUCCUUUCGGCCCCACACUACGGGUAUCUCUCUGCUCAGGAUCCCGUCUAUCAAAACACUCGCAAAUUCAUCCUUUCCACCUCGAACCCCUACCAAAUGCGCGGGCCAACAUUGACCGCCACCGGAGGGCCGCAUAUCGGGCCUGGUAUGGCGUGGCCUAUGGCUUUAAUCGCGCAGCUCCUGACUUCCGACGACGAUGAAGAAAUUUACAAUGGGCUUAAGCAGCUUGUUAGCUCCACGAACAAGUUGGGUCUUAUUCACGAAUCAGUCAACAGUCACGACGCCACGAAGUGGACUAGGUCAUGGUUUGCAUGGGCCAACGGUCUCUUCGGACAGAUGAUGCUGGACAUUCGCGAUAGAAAACCGCAUCUUCUUGAGAAGAGCUACCAGUAA